AACAAGAUCUUUCUUCUUCGGUACAUGGCCAUCAAAAUACGCACAAAAUGCACUUCAAUCGUCCAUCUAUUACGUGGCCAUGAAAUUUCCACCACCACUCCCAAGAAUUUCAGUGCUACAAGUCUCCUAAACCGACCCAAUUCAUCAUUCAAAACACCCAUCUCCAUUUCUUCCUAGUUUAGUAUCAUCAUCAUCUUCUCUUCCUUUUACCUCUGCAAAUUCUUCAAUAGUUGUGGCUUCUUCACUGAUUCACCAUGGUCACGACCAGAUUUCACAACCCUUUUAAUCUUUCAUCCUCUGGCUUAUCAAGAACCUGUUUCCCAGUUCCAGUAUUUCGGGAUUCCCUAGUUAAGAUUUCGCCUAGUCAGAGGAGCGUAUGUAAUUUUGGGGGUAAAACAGCAUGUGGGCAGAGGAAGAAAGUAUCCCAAGUGAAAGCCGCCGUCGCAGAUGCACCACCGGCGGAAGGGACGACCGGGGAAAUCAACCGGAGCUUGCCGACGAAGAAGGCUCGGAUACUAGUAGCCGGUGGUGGAAUUGGAGGUCUGGUUUUUGCUUUGGCGGCGAAAAAGAAAGGGUUUGAAGUAGUGGUUUUCGAGAGGGAUAUAAGUGCCAUUAGAGGAGAGGGGCAGUACAGGGGGCCGAUUCAGAUACAGAGUAAUGCUUUGGCUGCUUUGGAAGCCAUUGAUUUGGAGGUUGCUGAAGAAGUUAUGAGAGUUGGCUGUAUUACUGGAGAUAGAAUCAAUGGACUCGUUGAUGGGGUUUCUGGAAAUUGGUACGUCAAGUUUGACACGUUCACUCCUGCAGCAGAACGAGGACUUCCUGUCACAAGGGUUAUCAGUCGGAUGGCGUUGCAACAAAUUCUUGCUCGUGCUGUGGGUGAUGAUGUUAUUAUAAAUGAUAGUAAUGUUGUUGACUUUGAGGAUAGUGGAGAUAAGGUGAAAGUGAUUCUUGAAAAUGGACAGCAACAUGAGGGUGAUCUCCUGGUUGGAGCUGAUGGUAUAUGGUCAAAGGUCAGAAAGGGCCUAUUUGGACACUCAGAAGCAGUAUAUUCUGAGUACACUUGCUAUACGGGUAUCGCCGACUUCAUACCAGCUGAUAUUGAGACUGUUGGGUACCGAGUGUUUUUGGGACACAAACAAUACUUUGUUUCCUCCGACGUCGGUGGAGGAAAGAUGCAGUGGUAUGCAUUUCAUAAGGAACCACCUGGUGGCACUGAUGCCCCGAACGGCAAAAAAGAAAGACUGCUCAAAAUAUUUGAAGGUUGGUGUGACAAUGUUAUAGAUCUGAUACUUGCGACUGAUGAAGAUUCCAUUCUUCGACGUGAUAUAUACGAUCGCACACCCAUUUUCACAUGGGGAAAGGGUCGCAUAACUUUACUUGGAGAUUCAGUACAUGCUAUGCAGCCAAAUAUGGGUCAAGGGGGAUGCAUGGCUAUUGAGGACGCUUAUCAACUUGCACUUGAGCUGGAUAAAGCAUGGAAUGAAAGCGUAGUCUCAAGAUCUCCUAUUGAUAUCGUAUCUUCGUUGAAGCGUUAUGAGAGUACUAGAAGAAUUCGGGUUGCUGUAAUUCAUGGAAUGGCAAGAAUGGCUGCAACGAUGGCUUCCACCUAUAAAGCUUAUUUGGGAGUCGGACUUGGCCCGCUUUCGUUUUUGACACAGUUCCGAAUACCGCAUCCAGGACGUGUUGGUGGAAGGUUUUUUAUCGAUCUGGCAAUGCCCUUGAUGCUUAAUUGGGUCUUAGGUGGUAAUAGUUCAAAAUUAGAAGGGAGGCCACCAGCUUGCAGACUCUCAGACAAAGCGAAUGAUGAGUUACGUAAGUGGUUUGAAGAUGACGAUGCCCUGCAGCGUGCUAUUAACGGAGAAUGGUUUCUAUUACCGCAAGGAGACGAGGCUAGUGUUUCGCAGCCCAUUCGCCUAAGCAGAGAUGAGAACCAGGCCUGUUUUAUUGGAAGUGUGGAGAGGGAAGUGGAGUCAGGGUUGUCAAUCGCCUUACCAUUGCCUCAGGUUUCAGAAAAGCACGCCCGUGUCCAUUACAAAGACGGGGCGUUCUUCUUGACUGAUCUAGGAAGUGAGCACGGUACCUGGCUCUCUGAUCACGAAGGAAGACGGAGCCGUGUACCUCAAAAUUUUCCAGUACGUUUCCAUCAUUCGGAUGUCAUCGAGUUUGGUUCUGAUAAGAAGGCAGUAUUUCGCGUGAAGGUGAUAAGAUCUGCAGUUGAAAAUGAUAAAGAAAAAGUAGAGGCCAAGUCAUGAGACAACCUGGGAAAUCUCCGUCUUUGAGUUGUUGUUAAUUCUAGGAAUAUGUACAUAAUUUAUUGAAAGCAGUGGAGCACUCUAAAUCUGCUGAUUUUGAAUGCAACAGAUAGAAAUUAUAUUCUCUGUAAA